GCCCUCCACAAUGCCUGGCUAUUUUUUUGUUGCAGUUGUCAUUGUUCAGCUGGCCCUGGCCAGGCUCAAACCUGCCAGCCUCGGUCCAUGUGGCUGUGCCAAGCCUGACUUAAAGUUUCUCUAUCUAUGUAUUUUGAGUAAAUAAGACAGUCACAUGGUCCAAAAGGCCUCAUCUCUUCUCAUCUCUGACUGGGUACACAGUAAAAAGUCUACCCCCGCCAUGUUUACUUAGUCACCUAGUUCUUCUUUCAGAAGCCAGCCAGGUUAUUGGUUUUGUAUCAUAUCUAUAACUAUUCAAAUAAUCAUUUUUUAAACUUGCCCAUAUCAUUACAUUAUAUAGUUUAAUUUAUACUCUCUGGAUGGGCAUUUAUAAUAUUGUCUUUUUUGCUAUUACAAAGAUUGUCUUGUCAAUAUACCCUUGUGGGCAGAAUCGAAGGCAAAGUUUUUUUAUUUUUUCUGGGUGCCUCUUAUCUUCUUGUACCCCUGCAGGUUGGGGCACCCGACUUCUCUCCUUGACAGAGACACACUUUUACAGGGGGUUCUUUGGGCCCCAGUUUGUCUUGGGUCUCUGAGUCCCCUUGGGCAGAAUGGGCCUGAUCUCCCUAUCCCAGGCAGAACUUGGGUCAUGGACUCUGGGCAGCUCUGCUGGCUUUGAGUAUGCUGCUGCCCAAGGAGGAUAAAUCCAGGUAUGACCUGCCCUGGUCAUUGAUUGGACUGUCCUGCUGGGGCCUGGGUCCCCCCACCCAGGAGGGGCUGUAAAACCACAGUGCAUGAGUCAGUCAGAGAAGGCGUCACAAUAGGCUAAACCCAGUGCCUGUUUCUCAUUUUCUCCUGAAAAGAGCAUUAGGUGGGCCCUGGUCAAAUGACACAAUAGCCUCAGAUCCUAUAGCUGGGGACUGAGCCUCAGACCCUGGAAUUCUGAGUCCACUCCCUGCAAGGCCACCAGAACCAGCAGUGUGAUAGGUGCUCAGGCCAUCUCUUCUGCCCUGAGAGUAGACCGCAUGCUUGGCUCCUCCCAGCUCUCUGCAUCCCUGGAGGCUGUGGCAGCCCCGGGAGAGGUGUUCCUCAGGGUAUGUCCCCACCUGACCCUUCUUACAGGGAUCACCUCUCUGCUGUGCACGGCUGCCCUCCUGCCUAGUCACGCCCUCCCUGACACACUGACCUCUUUUCCUGCCCGGACCCUGGGCUGGGCUCACCCACUCGUGAGCCUCAGUUUCCUCAGCUAUGAAGUGGGGUGAACUCUAAUUGCCAUACUUGGUUGCUGAUGAGGCUCAGAUAAGCUAAUGUCCCAGGGAACGCCUUCCAGCCUAAGGAAAUAUCCCCACAGGAUCUCAGGGGUUCCCACAGUCACUCUGCCAGCCAGGCCUCAGAGUCCCAUGUCCCAUCCCUUGCCUGCUUCCUCCCUGGGGUAACGUUCUAGGAACGUGCUGAGCCAGCAUGGUGACAUAAUCCCUUCUCUCCUUUUUGUUUCCUCCAGGUUUGGUAAGAGUGAUUUAUUUCCGUCCCUUCUGCCACCCAAGAGCUGUCUUUGUGUUGCUGUCCCCAUCGGGGGUGGAUUCCUUUGACCCUCCGUUCCCAUAGUCCAGAAGCAAAGGUGCUGGUGACCGCCUCAGGAAAUAGCUCUAAGACAGGUGGCCUCAAAGUGAUGGGCUGGCCUCAGCCCAGCCAGCAGCUGCUCUCUGAGAAUCAGGGACUUUGAGAGUGUCACAGUCUGCAGGCAGCCCUGCCAUCGCCUUGCUGGCCCCACUGUGACCUCUCUGGCAAGGACAUUUGCUUGCCAGUCUGGGCUGCCUCGGUAAAGCGGGGCUUCUGGGAGGGAGAUGCCAUCUGUCUGGUUUAGGUGGACUUCAGCCAUUCAGCCAUUCUCAGAGCCCCCCACCUGAUGCCUCGGGAUCCCUCUGUCCAGGAGAGGAGCACUCAUGGAGGCAGGGAACGGUGGGGGGGGUGCAUAUGCCCCUUUGAAUGGGAGGAGGGUGCCGGACCCCCUUGGGCCCCCUCUUCCACCCUUCUUGUCUGGCUAGGAGCAGGGUCUCGCAUAUCGCCAGACCGUGGAGUUCUGUCUCCCUAGUCAAGCAGAGGGAGAUGCGUGCCUUUGGAGCCUGCUGCGCAUUGUCCAAGUGGAAGUAUAGAGGCAUCUGGUUUUUGCCUGAGCAAAAUAGCAGUGUAUUUUCAUAUUGUCCUGAGCUGGCUAAGGAGCGUAACAUAGCUGUGGGCGGGGUCGUGGGGGAGAGGAGUGGUGUGGCAGGCAGUGACUGUGCCCUAGUGGAGCUGUGUAGGAACCCAGUGGGGGCUGGGGUGAGGAAGGAGAAAGGGGGUCCACCUUCUUCUCCAGAACACGGGCAGAAGCUCCCAAAGCCCUUAACAGAGUCUUGGAGGAAAAUUGAGCACCUUCAUCCCGAGGGCAGCCCGGCCCAUCAUCCUCCAGUUGUAACACAGGGAGCAAGGAGGGAGGUUGUUAGGCCUUAAGGGCCAGUGUUUCCAUUCAGGUCCGGGAGAGGUGAUACCUGGCACCUGCACCACCUCUCCACCCCGGCUCAUGCCUGUGGCAGAUGUUAUAACCCACAUCUUGCUCUCAGAGGUUAAGUGGCCAGAGUCUCAUUUUCCCACAGUCUGUUUUUCUUAGACUGGCAGCUGACCCCUUAGAGGUUUUUUGAGGCUUUGGCUGCCGCCUGGGUUUGGAGGGGGGGCCCAGGAGAAAUGUGGGAUAAGCCAGCCCCAUGCAGAUGUGCAGAGGGAGCUACAGGUGAGACAGCCAUGGGUUCCCCAUCAAGGAGGAUGUCAAAGGGCCUUUUUGUCCUGAUUGAACUCCCCUGGUGUGGGAGGAGUCAGUACCUCCCACUUGCCUUUCUCCUUGAGGUUGGGUGUGUGGGAUUUGGCCUAUAGUGAACCAGCACUUAAUGAACACGAGCUGUGUGUGGGGCCAGCACUCAGGGGUGAGGGGGCAGUGGUGACCUUCUGACAUAGAGGACACAGCAUGGCCACAGAUCACUCAAGCACAUUUAGAUGUGGGGAACCUGUGGCCUUCUAGGUCCUUAAUUGUGGCCUUUGGACUGAAUCCAAAUUUUACAGAACAAAUCCUUUUAUUAAAAGGGGUACAGCAGAGAAAAAUAAACAUUUUCUUGCUUCCCGUGGUGCUUAAAAAAGAACAAUCUUGAUAUCAGAAGGCUGCAGUUUCCCCGAGCAGAAGGGAUAUCUCAAUGCCUGUAGCCCUUCUUGCAGCAGAGAAAGAGGGUUCCCGAGCCAUCCCCAAAGGCUCAGGCUAUAGCGCCCGGAUGAGGCUGGCCCACGUGGGAGUGUGGUAAAGCUUCACCCUGUCCUCACUCUGCCUGCCAAGAUCUGGCAGUUGUGUUCAGAGGUGCUUCAGGCUGGACAGGUAUGUGGAGAACUAGCCUCAGAUUCCCACUUAACAAGUACAGUUGACCUUUGAUUAACUGGGGUUAGGAGCACUGACCACCCCUUACCCCGUGCAGUCAAAAAUCUACAUGUAACUUUUACCUCUCCUAAAACUUAAUUGCUGAUAGCCUGCUGUUGACCAGAAGCCUUGUUGAUAACAUUUGAUUAACACACCUUUUAUAUGCAUCAUAUAUUCUUACAAUAAAGUGAGCUAGAGGAAAGGAAAUAUUAUUGAGAAAAAUAAGAAAGAGAAAAUACACUAUUCAUUCAGUGGAAACAGCAUCAUAAAGGUCUUCGUCCUCGUGGUCUUCACGUUGAAUAGCCUGAGGAAAAGGAGGGAUUGGUCUUUUUUCUCGGUGGUGGCAGAGGCAGAAGAUCCACGUAUAAAUUGACACAUGCAAAUCAAACUUGGGUUGGCUGUAACUCGGGAGUAAGUCCUUAUAAGUUGGUGGCCUGCGGGUCUAUUUGUGAGAGGUUGAGGGGUGUGGAAACCUCUCCCCUCAGCUUUGCUGCAUUCUGCCACUCAAGCCUGCCCGAAACACUGCAGGGAUGGCAAACUGAGCCGUUGGCAGAGGCCAGACAGCAAAAAUCCCUAGGGAAGCCAGCCAGGCCCCUCCGCUGGAGUAGCCUGGCCUGCCUGUUUUGAUAGGUGGAGGUUCAGGGAGACGUUUUUCUAGUGUGUGAUGAACUCAUUCCCACGCCCCACUCCACCCGCACGAGGUCACAGGUGGAAGCUGUCUGCCUCCGGCAGAGCUGCUUCAGCCUGUCCAACCUGGCCUCUUUUCUCACAGAUCUCCCUCAUGGAUCCCCACAGAUGGUACGAAGGGACAUCGGGCUCUCAGUGACACACAGGUUCUCCACCAAGUCCUGGUUGUCACAAGUCUGCCACGUGUGCCAGAAGAGCAUGAUGUUUGGAGUGAAGUGCAAGCAUUGCAGGUUGAAGUGUCACAACAAGUGCACAAAAGAAGCCCCUGCCUGUAGAAUAUCCUUCCUUCCAUUAACAAGGCUUCGGAGAACAGAAUCAGUCCCCUCCGACAUCAACAACCCGGUGGACAGAGCAGCCGAGCCCCAUUUCGGAACCCUCCCCAAAGCACUGACAAAAAAGGAGCAUCCUCCAGCCAUGAACCACCUGGACUCCAGCAGCAACCCAUCCUCCACCACCUCCUCCACGCCUUCCUCGCCAGCACCCUUCCCGACAUCGUCCAACCCGUCCAGUGCCACCACGCCGCCCAACCCCUCACCUGGCCAGCGGGACAGCAGGUUCAAUUUCCCAGACAUCUCAGCCUUCGCACAGGCAGCCCCGCUCCCCGAUGCCGCGGACAGCACCCGGCUCGAUGACCAGCCGAAAGCAGACGUGUUAGAGGUUCACGAAGUGGAGGCUGAGGAGCCAGAAGCUGGCAAGUCAGAGGCCGAAGACGAUGAGGACGAUGAGGUGGAUGACCUGCCAAGCUCCCGCCGGCCCUGGCGGGGCCCCAUCUCUCGCAAGGCCAGCCAGACCAGCGUGUACCUGCAGGAGUGGGACAUCCCCUUUGAGCAGGUGGAGCUGGGUGAGCCCAUCGGACAGGGCCGCUGGGGCCGGGUGCACCGUGGCCGCUGGCAUGGCGAGGUGGCCAUCCGCUUGCUGGAGAUGGACGGCCACAACCAGGACCACCUGAAGCUGUUCAAGAAGGAGGUGAUGAACUACCGGCAGACGCGGCAUGAAAACGUGGUGCUCUUCAUGGGUGCCUGCAUGAACCCUCCCCAUCUGGCCAUCAUCACCAGCUUCUGCAAGGGGAGGACACUGCACUCGUUUGUGAGGGACCCCAAGACAUCUCUGGACAUCAACAAGACGAGACAGAUUGCUCAGGAGAUUAUUAAGGGCAUGGGGUAUCUUCAUGCCAAGGGCAUUGUACACAAAGAUCUCAAAUCUAAGAACGUCUUCUAUGACAAUGGCAAAGUGGUCAUCACAGACUUCGGGCUGUUUGGGAUCUCAGGUGUGGUCCGAGAAGAACGGCGGGAGAACCAGCUGAAGCUGUCCCACGACUGGCUGUGCUACCUGGCCCCAGAGAUCGUGCGCGAGAUGACCCCUGGGAAGGAUGAGGAUCAGCUGCCGUUCUCCAAAGCCGCUGACGUCUAUGCUUUCGGGACUAUUUGGUAUGAGCUGCAAGCAAGAGACUGGCCCUUUAAGAACCAGGCUGCAGAGGCCUUGAUCUGGCAGAUUGGCAGCGGUGAAGGUGUGAAGCGAGUCCUAGCAUCUGUCAGCCUGGGGAAGGAAGUCAGCGAGAUCCUGUCUGCCUGCUGGGCUUUUGACCUGCAGGAGAGACCCAGCUUCAGCCUGCUGAUGGACAUGCUGGAGAAACUGCCCAAGCUGAACCGCCGGCUCUCCCACCCCGGGCACUUCUGGAAGUCAGCUGACAUUAACAGCAGCAAAGUUGUACCCCGGUUUGAAAGGUUUGGCUUGGGCGUCCUGGAGUCCAGUAAUCCAAAGAUGUAGCCAGCUGUGCAGUUUUCCUGCUGCCUAUUUAUUUCUUUUUGAAACGUGUUUCUAAACCACCAUGACAAAAAUUACACUCCACCCAUGCAGUGCUGCGAACAGGAGCACGAGUCUUCCAUUCAGACCAUUUGUCCACAGAAACACUCGGGUCCCAGGAGAUGGAGCUGCACCUGCUAUGUCUUAAAACAUCACGACCAACAACCAAACCUGUCUUGAGCACAGCAGAUGUUUACAUGUGUGUUUCUGCUGCGUGAACAUGAUGUUUUAUGAUAGGUAAUAAGGAAAAUUUGGUGCAUAGGCGCACUGGCACCGAUGGCCAAGAUGGCAGGAGUGGCCGUCCCCUUAGGAGGACCCUGUAGGUAAUGGGCCCAUGCUGGGCCGGAAGCAAGAAAACCAUCGUGACUGCGGCUGUUCCCAGGGUAGGGCACAAGAUCUUCCCGCCUCUGCUUUGGCCCCAAAUCCUAUCAGUGGGGAAUCUCCCUUUGUGGAGGGGUCUCCCCUCAUCCUAUCGCAGAGACACUGUCCCUUCCUUGUCUUGCAGAGGAAACCCUAGCUAGGAACCGAGCUGCAUUACACAGCUCAGAGCUCCCAGAGAGCUUGGGCUCACCUUCUGACCGCCCCCCGCCACACACACUCCAGGCUUUUCCUACUGGAAAGGUAGAGACAGAAUCCAAAUAACAUCUGGACUGUUUCAGCGGUUCCUAGCCAGGGCUUCUGCUGCAAGGUAAGGAAACAUCCACAUGCCUGUAAAGAUGUUUCUUUUUUGAAGCCCCCAGGCAGGCAGCAAGGGGGUGGGACCAAGGUCUUUGGCUUUUAGACACAUCCCAGUCCCUGACUGAUAUUUGACCCCAGGGCAGAGGGGCAGCCCAGCAUGAGGACUUGGGGGUGGAAACUAAAAAGAUGAGGAAGCAGGUGGCUAACCCCCGCUUCCCAGCUGUAGGGUCACCCUGGCACUUUAGAAACCCAUCGUCAGUCAUGCCAGAAGGUUCUGGGCCUGCCCACCUCUUCUACUCCUAGUCCUGUUAAAACCCUUUAGCCCGUUCCUGGCUCCUCUGUCCCUGUUUCACGCUCAGGUGGGGGCAUGCAGCCUGUGUCUACCCCUUCAGGCCCACCUAGGAAGCCCCCUGUCAGCAGAGCCUUCCCUAGCACCACCAAGCCUUCUAUUUGAGUCCAUCUAAAACCAAAGGGGGGGAAGCAUUUGAGAAACUCUUUGAUGUGAGCGCACCCUACCUGUCUUGUUAGAAACUCACCUGUGAAGAAAAGUUCCAAACAGCAAAGAAGCACUUCAGUGGGGGUGAGAUUACAUUAGGCUCCAAAACCAGGAAGGAAGAGGAGUGAAGGGAGUUGCGAUGGGAUUGGCUUCAGGCCCAGAACCUGUGGCCAUGUUCUCAGCUCACAUUGGGAGCAAGAAGGAAGCUUGCUCCCCGCCUUUCGAUUAGACCCACCUAGCAGAGCCCCCAGUCUCUGUAGCACAUGCCGCUGUGCCAAGACAUUGCAGGGCUGCCUCCCUCUGGCUGAACCCUCCUUGGGAGCAUGGUGACACAGCAGUGCCAGUACCCUGGGACAUUAGGAUCCUGGCCCUUUCCAGUCAGUGUGUGGGGAGCAGGGAAGAGCUAUGAGCCACAUGGCUCCAGCUCUGUUUGGGGCUUUUCUCCCAUCAUCUUUUUGGCCUCCCACACGGCUGUACCUUCCCAGAGGUCACAGUGCGCAUAUGUCCACCUGUCAUCUUUCCACUAGGACAUUGGCUUUUGCCCAGGCGAGAGCAGACCUGGUGGGCAUAGUGCUGAGCCCCUGGGUUGGACAGGAGCUGAAUGAGUCAGACCCACUCCUCCCUGACCCCUGCCACAGCGGGUCAGCCUGCAAAAAAUCUGCAUGUUGCUUUUUCUAGUGAGCGUCACAGUUCAGAAAGCUCUUGUUGAGCACCUACAGUGUAAUUGGUCUUGUGCACAUGUUGGGGACAUAGGAGCAGUCACAAUCCCCACCCUUAAGGAACUGACGAUCUAAUGGGGGUCUGUUACCUGCCAGGAACCCAGAAGCCACCUGGCUGAAGGGCAGAGCUGAGGAACUGGUGGACACCCUCUUCCUUCCUCUCCAAGGCCCUGGGCAGACCUGCUGCCUCUACUCUGCCUGUCAUUUAAGAACCCCGUCCCCACCAUGGUCCCCUUCUCCCUUUUUUACUUAAGUGACUGUGAAUUGCGGGUAGGAAGACGUGAUUGCCCUUCUGUGUGCCCUCUCCGUCUGCCUUGGAAACACUUGAAGGACAACACAUACUGUGAAUUCAACCCUCACGGCCAACUGUGAAGGGGAAGGAGAAAGGUGGGAGGGCUUGGUGAGAGCUCUCGGGGGGCUGGCGGUGGAAGUCUGCUCUGGGGUCUGAAGUGGAGCCCAAGCUUCGGCCCUUCGCAGCACCCCCAGUUCCCAGAAUCACCUCCGAAGCCUUGCUGUCUUUACCCACCAGGGCCGCAGCCCUCUGACUUUCCAUCUAACUUGGAGUUUGGAAUCCUAGCUAGUGCUGGGUUGUGAGCAGCGUGUAGCAAAGUCGAUCUCUCCGUGUCACCAAGUCAGAACACCCUCUGUCAUUUCCUGGCAUUUCUUGUGGUCAUGGAGGAGAAUGGUGAGCCCUGUAAGCCUAUAUCCACCUAUAUUGAUUUGGAGUGGGGAGGGAGGGGUGAGGCAGAGACAAAUGUGAAGCUAGCAGGGGGGUUUGCUCCAUGGGGCUGCAUUAGCCAGGAUUUCAUCACUGUGUGCAAACCUAGUGUCUUCGGGGCCACAAGGUGCACACUUGCUCUUUUUUUUUUAAUGUGAUGUAAAAUUUGUACAGUAAAAGUUUUUAUAUUUUCUAUCAACUGCGUUUGUCUUCCAGAAAUGCUAUUAAUUUAAAUUAAAAUGGUUAGUAUUAACAAAUGUGCUGUAUCAGGGGUUUUUUGCCACUGGCAAGAACACGCCCUCUGUGCUGAGCCAGGCCUGGGUGUCUGGAGUUUGUGAAUAAAGUCAUACC